AUGCCACAAAGAUCAAAACAGAACCAGUCUUUGACUGGUUCUGUUCCUGAUCCUCUUCAGAUUGCUUCAUCCAACGCAACUCUGAAUACCUUUCUUGGUGGUCGCACUCAUUCAUGGAUGACCAGGGGGUCGUCCAUAGUCACCAACCCUAGGCCAGCAGCUCCAGUAGCGCCCAGCAAUUCCCGGAAGCGGAACAAAAAGAGAAAGGCGUCUGACACGGCUCCCCCGACCCAGAACGACAAUGAUGUAGAACGCGACAACAUCCUACCUGUGCAAUCACCAGAACAACCACCGGGUACCAGAGAAACCACGAGAGCUCCAACCGUCCUACCCUCUCCGGCCCUGACCGAUGCGCCGAGCCCGAAUGGCUCGAAUCAAGUUGCCUCUGCAAAUCCCGAUUCAAGCGCUCACGUAGAGACUGUAGGGCCCGGGUGGCCAGUUUCUAAUAGUAACAUGAGACAAGGCGACUUAACACACGUCGCGACCAACCCCAACCAACUGAACAAUGCGCCUGCAGCCUUUGCGCAAGCCGAGAGCUCUUUUCCUCAACAAGCCCGUAACGCAGAAAUAGCAACUUCAUCUACAGUUGCCAACCCAACAACGGCUACGCAGCCCCUUCAAAGAUCGAAUGUAUGGUUCGGCGCCGGCAACGUACAGCACAGUUCAGCCGAGCCAUCACGACCAAACCCGAGAGUCCGUUCAAGGCCAUCUGUUGACAGCGAGCCCAGCGAGCACAGGGAUAAGCGCCCUCGUGUACAAGGAAGAUCGAGUCCAGAGUUAACAUUCAAUCAAAAACUAUGCCGGGAUUGGUUCAAAAGUAUUGAGCGUCGCGUAGAGUACGUCAGUCGUGCCGGGCUCCUCAACGACAAUGUUGAGAAACCCAGGUAUAGGAUUUUGGGCGAAGCAUGUCAGAAUGAGGAUUUCUUCUACGUCGCUCUCCACCAGGCUCUUUGCGCUUGGACCUUGAACAAGGAGCCUGUUCAUCAUCUCUUCGACGGCUUAAUGGCCCCUAACACCCUAGACCGCGCUUUCGAGAUAAUCCAAACCAUUGUGAGGAGAAACGACAAUAUGUCGGCUGUUCACCUUCAGUGGUUUGCCAAUUUUCCUACUUCCAUCGCUGAGUUCUCUCGGGUAUUUCCACAUACAACUUCGGCCGCAGAAAUAUCUGCCUUUCUUAUUCAGAUGAUACAACAUUGGCAAGCUCUCUUGCAAAGUGUCCAGGCCCGAAAGUACCCGUUGCUUGCAUAUGAAAUGAUACACGUACUACAGUGUCGGCCCCGCGGGCUACAGUGUAUGCUGUUUACGAUGAGUCGCAGGACGCUUAGUGUGAACGACGGGCCUGCCGCACAUGCGAUGAACGAAAUCUACGAACAGGACCGGCUUGACGAAAUCACAUAUGAAGCGCGUGGCGAGCGCCAUGAAGCCCUGAGGGUUCGACGAGAAGCGGUGGCAAUGAGAUACAGACAGGUUAUUUUGGCAUCGCAGCCGAGGAUCCCACCCAAUACGAUAUCGUCUCCUGUCGUCGGUCAAAACUCUCCUGUGUUGGAGCAAAACUGGCAACAGCCAGCAGCCCGGUCACCACUUGCAACAACCGCUUCAUCUCAUGCCGCAAACACAACGGCUCCACCUGUUUCUUUGCCUAAUUUUGAUGUCUUGGCUGCUAGAGUUUCUACAGGUGGCCCUGGUGCGACAAGCCCGAUGCCCAUUAACCAGGCCCUUCCACAAGGUAGCAGAAGUCUUCAAGGCGCGCGACGACCAAACCAUCUCCAUAUUCAGACGGAAACCCAGGCGGUUCCGCCUAUUCCGGCUCCUAGCAACCAGUCUCCUCUCGCGCAAAUUCAUCCUCUGCCAAGGUCGUCAAGCGCUGGCUCGCCAGUGAUGUUGCAACAAACCCGGGCGCUGCAAUCAAAUGGUCAGGUGCGAACUCCCGUUCUGCCUUCAAGCAACUUGCUGCCACAAAGACGAGCCAGCUCCUUCGCUUUUCCACCCCCCACUUUUCCAUCUCCAGGGUUUCCCAGCGCUCAUGGCACAAACGCCCAUAGUCCGCCGAUGCAUCCUCAUUCACCGGGAUUCCAACAAGUCAGAGGUCAGGCGCAGAUGACGUACCCUCAUCAUGCUCAGGCAGUGCAGUCUCCGCGGCAUCUGCCAAUAUAUCCACCAACAAGUCCGCCACGCAGCGCGUCUGCGUCAGAGAACCUCAACUACGCAGCGCAAAUGACGGCCCCCCCAGCCGUACCAUACCAAGUGCCAGUCACAGCCAAUAACUCUCGCCAACCGGUGCCGCCAGUGCAACAUAUGUCUGAGACGGAGUAUCCCCCGAGCCCAUAUGGGCAAGAGUCGCUCCGAGUUGGUCUUCAUCAGAUUGAUGUGCGCAGUCCUCGCCGCGUUCCGUCACAUCCAGGGAAAGAUCGAUUUUAUCAAUUUGUCAAACAGCUUGUGUACGAGCCUAUGCACUUGGAGCCCAGUAUAGGCCUACGGUCCUUACCUUUCACUGUGCCAGAAGACUAUAUCCGACGACUCACGAAAAAAAACGAGGGAACUGGUUUUCCAUUUUGCUACUAUGCCGAAGGGUCCUACCGCUAUCGACUACGCAUGUGCAUGCAGCCCGAGACACAACCAGCCCCUACCGAAUCGGAUUGGGUGAUUACAGCGACAUCCUGGCCGAGCCACAUCUUCUUUCAACUGAACAAGAAACAUCUAGAAAUACGCCGCAAACAGCACUUCAACAAGGACCAGCCAUUAGAAUUGACUGACUUCUUGCACGAGGGCGAUAACUUUCUCAGGUUCAGCUAUCCUCCGGGCAACCAGAACAUGACCCCGGGUUACAGGUAUUUCAUGGCUAUCGAAAUAGUAGAGACGAUCAGCCAUGAUGCCGUCUGUAACGUGGUCAGAUCAAUACGACGCUUUCCCCCGGGCGAAACAAUGGCGAAAAUACAGCGUCGCUUGCGACCAUCAGACUCGGACGACAUCAUUAUCGAGGACGAGACCUUGUCAAUUUCUUUGGCUGAUCCUUUCAGCGCAACAAGGUUUUUGGAGCCUGUUAGAGGUUUGCAAUGCAAACAUCUCGAAUGUUUUGAUUUGGAAACAUGGCUCCAUACCCGACCUUCGAAGCCACCACAAAAGGGAGGGGGUCCACAGCAAAAAGGAGAUGAGCCCUCGAUGGUGGACGUUUGGAAAUGUCCGAUUUGCUCGCUUGAUGCGCGACCUGUCAGCCUCUGGAUUGAUGAGUAUUUCUCAGGAGUGCGUCAAUCUUUAGUCAGCAACGGUGACAUGCAGACUAAGAGCAUUACUGUGACCGCUAAUGGCAGAUGGGCUCCAGUACUGGACGCAGACGACACAGAUGAUGAUUCUACGCCUGCGCCACGACCCAGAAAUACAGUCAAUGGCAAUGCUGGGAAGCAGCCAAGCACGUCCGCCGUGUCAGUAGUACCAGAUGUCAUUGAGAUCCUGGAUGACGACGACUGA